CUCGAAGAUUCCAUUGGUAGUGACUGAUCAUGCAACCCGAUAUGGCUGCCCCUAUAUCGAUGAUCAUCUAGAGCUUUUAAUUCGACCGCUUGCGAUCCCAGCAUUUCAAGCCACAGCUAGCCUCUUCUCUUCUCGACUCUACUCUCGAGUUCAGUGUGCUCCCCACAGAUAUCCACCCCGAAAGCUGGUAUACAAAAGUCUAUUUCUCCAGGUCGCAAAACGAUGCCUCCGUUCACUACGAGCCUAGAAGAGGGCAUUUACCGAAUUUGUAGUGCACUAGACUCAAACCUUUGGCUGACAAUGGACCCACCCAACCCAACAACUGGAAAGUCAGCUGUUAAAGUUAGACCAGACAAUCCACUGUCCGCUAGAAACCAACAAUGGAAAAUUGUCCCCUAUCCUCAGUCGAAUAGUUAUUCCUUUUUCAAUCUUGGACAAAGUCUUUACCUCGCUGCAGAUGUGUGGUCCUGGGUUUGUCGGGGUCGACCUAAGCCACUUCCAUUUCGUCUGCGUCCUGGAGGAUGCGAUGGCUCCAAUGCAACUUAUUCCUCCAGCGGCAGUGCAGCAGGAUCGAGAUGGAAAUUCAAGAGAAUUCUGAGAUCUCUGAGGGUUCCUAUGGCACCACCUUUGGUGGAGGCCCCACCUGUCCCGGAAGGAAUUUAUCGAAUCGUGAAUGCCCAUUCGAGGACGUGCCUUACCAUGCUCGAUACGCCUCAAAGUGGGCAGAAAUACCCCUAUGCCGUAGGGUGGACGUACGAGUCCGACUUGACUGCCCAACGAUGGAAAGUAAUACCCCACGAUUUAACCCAAACUUACUUCCUCAAAAACGUUGGUACUGAACGCUGGUUGAGCAUUCAAGAAGACGGGGGGUUUGGAUCCUCUGUCACGGGUGUGGACGGGGAGGUAGGUGCUGUGCACUGGGAUUUAAGACAGGGGGAAUCGGAAGGGGAGUUUUAGUGUUAUUCAACACGGUGGGGGGCUUUUGGGCGUC